AGUGAUUAUUGAUUAUUACAACACAAUAAGAAUACAAUGUCUGCUAAAGGAGCAUUGGUUAAAUUAGUUGUUGGUGCUGGUAAGGCAGCUCCAGCCCCACCCGUUGGUCCUGCAUUAGGUUCUAAAGGGGUUAAAGCCAUAGAUUUCUGUAAAGAAUUUAAUGCUCGUACUGCUCAUUAUCAACCGGAUGUUCCAAUUCCUGUAUUGAUUAAAGUUAAACCAGAUAGAAGUUUUACAUUUGAAAUGAAGUCCCCUCCUACUUCUUGGUUAUUAAUGCAAGCUGCUCAAGUUUCUAAGGGAACCGCUAAUGCUGGUAAAGAAUAUGUUGGAGAAAUUAGUUUAAAACAUGUUUAUGAAAUUGCGAAGAUUAAGAAAACAGAUGAAAGACAUAAAAAUGUAGAAUUAAAGGCUAUUGUUGGUUCUAUAUUACUGACAGCCAAAGUAGUAGGAAUCAAGGUUAUACCUUGAGUCAUUUCAGCAUCCAUUUCUUGCAUACUUUAUCUUAUUCAAUCAAUUCUGUAAAUUAAUUUAAUCUUAAUAACUUGUAUAUAUAUAUAUAAAAACACAUACGACAAUCACAAAUAUAUAAUGGGAAUCUUAAGUUUAAUAUGUAA